GACAUUGACUUAUUUUUUUUCUCGCCGAUCGUUUGAUUCAGCGAUUCGAUUUUCGCGAUUGUUUGAAGCAUUCAAGUGCCUCGUUUUGACGAGUUCGUCCGUUUUUUAAGUAUUUCAUCGUUAUGUAUAAGCAGGGAUUUAAAUAAGAGCAGGAAAUCUUUUGAGGAAGUGGAGUGACAGCCCCGCUGUAAAUCAAGAUGGCAGGUCUGUCUUUAUAUUUUGAAGAUGGCCACGAUGAAUUGGAUGACUUUGGAUUCGAUGACUAUGGUUCAGAGUGUGAUGGGAUUCGGAUAACAGCAUUCCUUGAUGCAGGCCAGGAUAACCUCACCCCUCUGGGCCGGCUGGAGAAAUAUGCUUUCAGUGAAAACGUCUUCAACAGGCAAAUUGUGGCACGUGGAUUACUAGAUGUGCUCCGGGAAUUUUGUGAUAAUGAAAAUGACUUCAUCAGUGUCAUGGAAACAGUUGCCAGGAUGUCUGAGGAUGCAGAGCCAACAGUGCGAGCAGAGCUGAUGGAACAGGUACCAAACAUUGCCAUGUUCCUCCAUGAAAAUCGACCCAAUUUCCCAGAAGCAUUCUCGAGGUACUUGGUACCCAUUGUGGUCCGUUAUCUCACAGAUCCUAAUAACCAGGUGCGAAAGACGAGCCAGGCUGCUCUGCUGGUGCUGGUUGAACAGGGUCUGAUGAGUAAGGCAGAUAUGGAAGUAAAAGUCUGCCCUGUUCUCCUGGAGCUCACAGAACCCAGCAGUGAUGAUGACUACAAGAUCGAAGCUGUAGCGAUAAUGUGCAAGUUGGUGACCAUGUUGAGUAAAGACACAGUGGAGCACCUUCUAUUGUUGCGAUUCUGUGAACUCUGCAGUGACACCAGUUUAUUCCAAGUCCGCAAGGUCUGUGCAGCAAACUUUGGCGAGUUCAGUUCUAUUGUUGGCCAUGAAGCCACAGAAAAACUACUGAUGCCUAAGUUUUUCGACCUGUGCUCGGACAGUCUGUGGGGUAUUCGGAAAGCCUGUGCUGAGUGCUUCAUGGUUGUUUCAAAUUGCACUUCUGCAGAGGUGCGACGCACUAAGCUGUCCCCCUUGUUCAUCAUCCUCAUUAGUGAUCAGUCACGCUGGGUACGGCAGGCUGCGUUCCAAUCUCUAGGUCGUUUCAUCUCUACAUUCGCCAACCCUUCUCUCACAGGACUGCACUUCAGUGAGGACGGAACCCUACGUGAGAUAUCCAAGAUCUCCUCUGGGAGCCAUGGGCAGGUGAGCAUCAGCAGCUCAAGUAACUCCUGCAAUGCCUCAAGGGAAGGUUCCUCAAACAGUCGCACUCAGCCAUCCUUAGAACAGCUACAAACCACCUCAGCCACAACAGCUCCACCAUCACAACCUCAUGAGGGCCACCAGCAUCCCACACAACCCCAGGAAGAGAGGGCCACCCAGGACCAGUCUGAAUGCUCCGCUUCUGCCUCCAUCCAGCAGACGGAUGACUGCACAAUGUACAACACCUUCAAUUUCUGGAAAUCCACAUUGCCUGAUAUCACCCAGGACCUCCAACUACUGCAUGUAGAGGAAAGCAGUGAGGAGGAAAGAGAACAAGAAGAGACCAUGUGGGAGGGAAAAGAUGAGGAAGAACAAGCACCACGUUUAGAUAAUCAAGGCCCAGCCACCAGCUCCCAGAUUCAGAAGGUUUUGGACUGUCUUCAGCCCCACCUAGAUGAUCCUGAUGUACAAGCUCAAGUGCAGGUGUUGUCUGCUGCUCUGAUAGCUGCCCAGUUAGAGAGUCAGACAGAUGAUGCAGAUGACUCUGUGUCGGAGAGCAAUGGUUCUGCAGGCUCCCCGACCUCUGAUCUUAGUGCCAUGAGUGAACUCUCACUGACCGAUGCACAGACCUCAGACGUAUCCAUUACAUCUCCUGUACUGGUCGAUGACUCUGAACCCAGCAGUGAGGAGUCAGACCUCAUAGAAAAUGUGGAGGAAGACAAAGACUCAGACACCACCAAAACUUCUGAAGAGGAAAAGUAUAAAAUUCAGAAUAUAAUUCCCCAGCAGUUGUUGGAUCAGUAUCUUUCUAUGACAGACCCCGCUCGAGCUCAGACUGUUGACACUGAUAUCACCAAACACUGUGCUUUUAGUUUACCGGGUGUUGCCCUAACGCUGGGCAGACAGAACUGGCACUGCCUCAAAGACACAUACGAGACCCUCGCUACAGACGUACAGUGGAAGGUGCGUCGGACGCUGGCGUUCUCUAUCCAUGAGUUGGCAGUGAUUCUGGGGGAUCAACUAACAGCAGCUGAUCUGGUGCCCAUAUUUAACUGCUUCCUCAGAGAUCUAGAUGAGGUGCGAAUAGGAGUCCUCAAACACCUGUAUGAUUUCUUAAAGCUUCUUAAUGCUGAGAAGCGCCGGGAGUAUCUGUACCAGCUACAGGAGUUCACGGUGACCGACAAUAGCCGAAACUGGAGAUUCCGAUAUGAGCUCGCUGAACAGCUCAUCCUGAUCAUCAAGUUGUACAGCCACAACGAUGUCUAUGACUACCUCAGACAGAUAGCACUUAACCUCUGCUCUGACAAAGUGUCUGAAGUCCGAUGGAUUUCAUACAAACUGGUGGUGGAGAUUCUGCAGAAGCUGUAUUCCUGUGAAGCUCAUGACCUGGGAGUCAAUUUCAUAAAUGAGCUCAUUAUGAGAUUCUGCCACUGUUCCAAAUGGGUUGGACGCCAGGCAUUUGCCUUCAUUUGUCAGGUUGUAGUGGAGGAGGACUGUAUGCGCAUGGAACAUUUUGCACAGCAUCUUCUGCCCAGUCUGCUCAGUCUCUCAUCUGACCCUGUGCCGAACGUUCGCGUGCUGGUGGCCAAGGCGUUAAGGCAGAGCGUGUUGGAAAAAUCGUUCUUUAAGGACCCUGGCUGUGCAUACUCAGAUGAAAUCAUGGAGGCCCUGUCUAGAUUGAGGAUGGACAAAGACAGGGACGUGCGGUUCUUCGCCACACUAGAUCCCAACAGGAACUUCAUGGACACGACUGCGCUCAUUUAGCACCUUGUACUGUCUGGACACAAGAACAAGCACCAGCAAGGACAACACUACACCACUUUACACAGACACACACAUUUAUACAUAGGAACAACUGACCUACACACACUCAAAAUUGUAUCCUCAAUACUCCCCUCAUACUUUAGUAUAUGCAUAUAUUAUGCAUUUUCUCAAUUAUACACACAAUGGUCUUCAUUUAGGAAACUUUGCACAGAUAUGUGGCAAAACCGAACAAACUAGGGCCCUUCAAACUUUACAGUGAAUAUGCAAAUACAAUGUAUCCUAAUCUCUGUGUUUAGUAAGAUAGGCUAUUUUAUUUUGGUCUUCAUUUUUACGUAAUGCAGUGCAAAAUUAUUUUCCAUCUGAAAAAUUCAUCUGUGAAAUGCAUUGUGAACUGUACUUGGUUUUCUCUGCCCUAGAUUGUUAGAUUGACAUAUCAACAAUACCACCAAUCAGAUACAUUUAUUCACAAGUUUAAGUGAAAGUAUUUAAAGGGAUAAUUCAAACAAAAAUUUUAAUUGUCUGAUUUUCUCACCCUCAUGCUAUCCCAGAUGUGUAUGACUUUCUUCUGCUGAACACACAGAUUUUUCUAAAAAUAUUUAAACUCAGUAGGUCCAUUCAAUGCAAGUGAAUGGUUACCAAAACAUUGAAGCUCUAAAAAGCACAUAAAGGUAGCAUGAAAGUAAUCCAUACGACUCCAGUUGUUAAUGCCAUGUCUCCAGAAGCGUUAUAAUAGUUGUGGGUGAGAAACAGAUCAAUACUUAUGUCAUUUGUACUAUAAAUGUCCACUUUCAUCAGCCCGCCUAAGCACUCCCUUCUGUCCUAAAAGGAGUUCUUUAUUGUGUCACCAUAUCGCCACCUACUGGGCAGGGAGGAGAAUAUAUAACAAAAAAGGACUUGAAUAUUGAUCUGUUUCUCACCCACCCCAUCAUAUAUCGCUUCAGAAGACAUGGAUUUAACCACUGGAGAGUCGUAUGGAUUGCUUUUUAUGUUACCUUUAUGUGUUUUUUGGAGCUACAAAGGUCUGAUCACCAUUCACUUAAAAAAAAUAAUAAUAAUAAUUUGUGUUCUGCAGAAAAGUCAUGCACAUCUGGGAUAGCAUGAGGGUGAGUAAAUGAGACCAUUUUAAUUUUUGUUUGAAUUAUCCCUUUAAACAAUUUUUGCUAAUUUGUUUGUUUCAUAAAUGAGGCCCAUGCAAUCUCUUACUUUAGACGCACAUUUAGCCCCCUCUUCCACCACCAAAACACACACAAGCCUGCAAACCCAUAACAACCAUCUCACCUCUCUGUGCAAGAUUUAAUUUGCACCUUUGAGGCAGCAAAACUUAUUUGGAGACACCAGAAAAACACCCAAGAAGCAUCGUAUAAGUGGAUCAUGUAAUUUCUCCUUAUCAAACAUUUUGGAUGCUACAAGCUGCCUCUCCAAAGCUAACUACAUUUGUGAGACGACUUCUUUUUUUCUGCUUUUCUUUCCUUGUGGAUUUCUUAUACAAAAAAAAAAAAGACUAAGAAGACAUAAGCAGAUUUACGGUGAAGUGCUACUAACUCAGGGAGACCUGAUAUUCUGGAUUUUUAAGCUGUGAAUGCCGCAAAAUGGUAUCUGAGCCAAAGUGCUGCUGCAGAAACAUUCGCUGCAUUUACCAACUGUCCCUCAGGAUUCACGCAAACCGCUGCGGCAAACAUGGUUUUCAACAGAAAACAAAUGUCUUCUCAAAUUACUGCAGCUCAGGAGCUGAACACCUCCCUCUGUUUUUGCUCAAUCCUUUUGUAGUUCUCCAUGUUGGGUGGCAGAAGAAUUUGCCAUCAUCUUUCAGGACUGAUAUUUUAACAUGUUUUUUGUGUCUUGAGUGUGCACCAUUCUUAUGUAGCCUUCUUGUCUUUCCUGAUUGGCGGAGAGUGGUUUUAUACAUUGCCGUUUUUAUAUAUAUAAAAUGAGAGCGAGAGAGAGAGAAAAAUAUAUAUAAAAGGGGCCAGUAUUUUAGAGGUGAAUUGAGGGUAAGUUGAUGCUUUCCAAGCAACCGUUACCAUCAAUAUACAAAAUGUAGACACUGGACAAGCAUAAUUGUCAAACUCAUCCAGUUCCAGGUUAGAAACUAUAGGCAAGGCAUUAAUGGUGGUUAUAAAUAUUUUGGGAGGGAUGCUUUAGAGGGUAAUUUCCCCCCACAAUUAUGUGAAUUAAAAUGUUUGGGUGAACUAUAUCUAUGUAAUUGUGAAUUAAGAGGGCCUGACCUGUGGACAACACUGAAGCAAGCACACUGUUUAGUCAGAUUUGCACUAGUUUAUCAAAGUACACCAUAAAUUCUCUCACUCUGAAAAUUCCUAUAGUUUUUUGCUCAAUAUCAAAUUUGUUAACUAAAGCUAUUUCACACACCUGAAGUUGAUCUGAUGGAUCAUCCAUUUUUUUAUUAAGCAUGGUUGUGCUGCUCUUGGCAUUGGUAAACUUGCCUGUAGCUGCUGGUCGGUAAUCAGUAUGCCUGUUUUUAUGAAUUAGAUUUGAUUGGUGGGGACUGGUCCCACAUCAGCACAUAAGGGCAAACUUUAUGCCAAGAGCACUUUACUAUUCAAUGGAGAGAAUAUUGCAAACUCGUAUGAUUUGUUUUAUAAAUCAUUUGGACUGAAUGAAUUAUGACAAAUCUGCUGUUGAGGUUUGAUAAGGCUUGACUAAACUCGAGUGGUGCUCUGAUCCGGUGCAUUUUAUUUGCACAGAUAUGUUUAUGGAUUAUGUAUAUGGAAUUGUUUAAAAAUUGUUUUGGUCUGGUUCUGGGUAACAGCCUGUGUUUUAAAGCUUGUGGGUGCUGGCGCUAAAUUGAUAUUGAUUUUAUUUACAGGAUUCAAGGCCAGUCUUUUUCUUUCCUGUGGCGAUAUUUGAUUUGGAAAUUUAUCAUGGGGGAUAAAUUGUUUACUUUCCUAUUGUUUUCUUGUGUUCCUAUGUUUGUCUGCAUGCAUAUGUGUGUGCUUGUCUUUUUUUGUUUGUUUGUUUAUUUUCUUAUGGACCAUGUUGAUAGUAGGUUCUAGAUGAAAGCCAAUAUAUUUUCUCCUAUGAAUUGUACUAUGUUAUUGACUGAGGCACUGACAUUACGGAUAUGUCAACAAAACCACUUCAUCUGUCUGCAUCUUUACUGUACUGAUCCACUAGUUUUCUUGUAAUGUUACAAUAUUAAGAGAUUUUUUUUAUUUUAUUUUUUUUUUUGUUUUAUGUAAAUGUUCAAAGAUUUUAUAUCCUAACCUUUCAGGUUACAACCUUUGUAAUUUUC